UGCUCAUUCAGAACCCCACACUUAUUCCUACUAGUUCCAAUUUCAAUCUACCUCUACUUCAUCUUCUUCUUUCUCAUCAUUCAUAACUUUUUCUCUCAUUUCCCAAAGCCAUGAUGAACAAGUUCAAGAAAUCUCAAGUUCUAGUGCUGUGUGUUCUAGUUGUUCUUCUUGUCAUCACACCCUAUUUACCUUCCUCACUCAGGUCAACCUACUUGUAUUUCAUCAUAAACUUCCUGAUCAUGUCACUUUGUGCUGAAGCUGGACUCCUUUCAGUUUUUCCCAGGCCUUUGGAAGAUAAAAAGCAAGCUGCUUCUGUGAUGGCAUCAGAAGCAAGUUCUGAGAAAAGAGAAGGUUCCAAUUCCACUCCUUUCUCAGAAGAUGAUGAAAAAUCAGCAUCUGAAAGGGUUGUUUGUGGCAGGAAAGUGGAGAUGAUGCAAAAGUGUGCUCCAAUGGGUAGCCUUUUCUUGAUAGAAGGUGAUGAAGAAGUGGAAGAAGAAGAUGAAGCAGAAGAGGAGAUUGGAGGAGUAAAUGGGCAAGAACUGUUUGCAAAAGCUGAGGCCUUCAUUGGGAACUUCUACAAGCAACUGAAGAUGCAGAGUGAGGAAUCUUGGAUUUAUCAGAAAGCCUUUUAGGUGGAAUGCUUUAGCUUUUACAAUAGAAUAAUGUGAAUUCUGUAAUGUGCUACAUUAGAAACAAUGGUCCUUGUGAGAAACCUUAUUAUUCUUCUCUCAUGGUUCUUUUUUUCCCCUUCCAUUGCCUUUGUACAUAGUUUAACUUCUCAAUCCAA